UGCUCGUAACAAUGAUUGAGUAGGAGUAUUUAGACCUCGAUCUGUUAUUCUCAAAUGCUCAGAUGUACCAGAUUUUCCUUGGAAAAGCAAAGUCUUUGAUAUCAUCGAUAUCGCCGACGUAAAUCCCACAGUCACUUACUUUGGUGAUAAAUCAGCUCGGGUCAUGAUGGCGUCGACCGACAUGAAUUGCACCGCGAGCCCGUCGAAAAAAAAUGGCAUAUUUCCUCCUUUAGAUUAUAGAACCACAACUCAAGUUUUCAUCGAAGUGGCACUUGCUUCCACGAUUCUUACAUUGGCUGCUCUCGGGAAUUUCCUGAUGAUUUUCGUCAUGAACAGGAAGAAACAACUUCGAACCAUACCCAACUUGUUUCUCAUGAAUUUAUCUAUCGGAAACUUUCUUCUUGCUGUCACAAUUCUUCCUGUUUUUGUGUGGACUCUUCAGAGAGGAAAGUGGACUUUUAGCAUGUUGUUCUGUGUUAUUCAAGGGUAUCAGACCUAUCUUUUACUCGCCUUAACGUUAUUCACUCUGACUGCAAUAAGCCUAAGUCGUUACGUAUUGGUCUGUUAUCCCAACAGGUACCGGAAAACAUUUGACAAAAGGCUUGUUCUGAAGAUCCUCGGUUUUAUUUGGGUCAUCUGUACUUUGAGCAGUGCACCGCCACUUUUUGGAUGGGGAUAUUACAGUUUCAACACGAGGACGGCUUUGUGCCACACAGACAACAGUAGUUAUUCUUAUAAAAUCACCGCUAAUACUUUCAUGUUACUGGACAUCAUAAUUGUAAUCUUUUGUAAUGUAAAAAUCGUGAGAACGGUAAAUGGUCAUCGCAGAAGAAUUUUAGAAAAUGUGGUUACAAAGGAACUAAAAGAGGAAGAAAGCCAAUUUAACAUUGCAGGAGAAGCGGAUACAAACACAAAACAAAGCAAUAAAUUAUUCAAAGAAUUGAGCUGUAAUUCUCUUGAUGGUCAGGGGUCUGAAAAGUUCCACGCAAAUGUGCAUCUGGGACUCUGUGAGGAUCGUUCUGGGGUGGUAGCUGUGAAAUUCGCUUUCUCGUCACAAAAACAGCGGUGUGUAUUGAAUGGGAGAAAAAGAGGUUUUAACACUAGAAAUAAACUUGAAGGGACCGUUCAUCUUCAACGAAUCAACUAUGUAGAUCAAUCAAAUGCCGUCUGCCUAAGCAAGAAUACUGCGCUUAUGGAAAACGCAACGGAAAGCAAACAUCAGCUGCAAACGAGAGAGUCACGCGGGGAAGAUAUUCAUAUAACACGAACCAUCUCGCUGAUUAUUUUCGUGUUUUGUUUUUGCUGGCUGCCAUGCUUUAUCAUGGACACUUUGGAGGCGUUCGGUGUUUUCCCGUCAAGAAUUGUUCGAAUGGCGGGAAUUUACUUGAUUUUUCUGGACAGUGUCGUAUGUCCGUUUAUUUACGGGGUACGAAACAGAAAAAUAAGGAAAGCUGUAAUGGAGAUGCUAAGAUGCGAGUGUUGCUGUCAAUCGAAGGCUUUAUAGAUUUAAUUAUAUUUGAAAUCACCUGCAUAUGACACCAUUAGCAAAGUGAUCGAUUAUCAGAAUUUGACGAGAUUCAGGCCUGUAGACUCAUGAUAAAACAUUGUUAUGCAUAUGGUCUUUUUGUUUUUCAGUAUAUGGGAAAACUAGAGGAUCAAAGCCAAGUGAGCUAAACGUUUAUACGCUCUCUACACAAAGUUUGGUUAGCUGUGUUUGCAUGUCUGUCAAACGCCUUCAAUUGUUGAUGGUGUUAAUGAAAAAGCCUCGGUUUAGGUUUUCUGGUUAUUAUAUCGGUUUUAGCACUUACCUUACAUUUAAUUGUUUUGGUGUCCAGUUUCUAUCCCUCUGAUUUUCUUAUUUGUUACUCGAAUUUUACGACUCAAAUAAGCAAUUUUUCGGAUUUUGUCAUUCGCCAGCUCGGUUUUUGGCCGUUUUACAGUCAUCCGUGAUUUUCUGUUCCCUUUUUUUUUUUAUGGAAAUUUUUAGGCCUUAUUCCGUUCUCUGAUGAGGCUCAAUCAAUUAUUAGACAAAACUGAUCAUGAAUCGAAUAUGAAGAGAUUCAGACCUCUAGACUCAUAAUAAACCAUUCCCUAUUAUAGGUUUUUUUUCUGAGUAUGCACAAACUAGAGGAUCAAUGCCAAGUCAGCUAAAAGCACUCUACACCUAGUUUGGUCAGCUGCGAUUGCAUGUCUUCUAGCUUUUUUGUUGGUUCUUGACGAAGAGGCAAUCCUUCUUUAAGAAUAUUCGCUACACUUUUCUGUAUCCAGGCUGUGUUAAGGCAACAACAAAACCGUCUCUGAGCUUUCUGUACCGACCAUUUCACAUUGAAAUAAAAAGUCUUAACACAAAUCAUAGCGGUAAGUCUUACUUAA